AUGUCGUGCAUCCACUACAAGUUCUUCGCCAAGCUGAACUAUGAUACGGUCACCUUCAAUGGCCUCCACAUCUCCCUGUGCGACCUCAAGCACCAGAUCAUGGGCCGUGAGAAGCUGAAGGCGACCCGCUGUGACCUGCAGAUCGCCAAUGCCGAGACCAAAGAAGGUGCAGGGGGGCUGUGGGUGCGGAGUCUCGGGGACCACCUGGCUGACGGCAGCACAGAAUGGGACAGG